GAUACCCUUUACGUUUUUGCUUCAAGCAUCGGUACCGGGAGGUAUCCAGGCAACAUUGGCGCGUUCUCUGGUCCGAUAUCGAUGACGCCUUAGAAGUUAGCGAAGCAGGUUCAUUCGAGUCUGGGUGUACCUGGAAGUGUCUCACGGCGACAUUCUUCGCGAACAGUCGUCUCACGCUCAUCGGGAUAUUGUACUGAUGUUGUCGUUGCCCAGUGAUAUCGCUGACUCCCGAUGAAGUAAACCCCGUUUGCUUUUCGACAAAUGCACCUUCAGGGCGCAGCUAUCGUGGCCUGUAAACAACGUAUGGUCGUUGUGAGGUGCAAAACUUGAGCCUACUGAGUAAGUGACCUAUGACUCCUGGUAUUCGGAUUAAGCACUCGUGGAAAAGUUCAAAGAAGGAUAUGCGGUGGGGAUAUAUAGCACAAGAUCAAGAUCUCAGCCGAUCACUGAUAGAGCCAUGGAGGCGGAGGUAAGACUGCUGCUGAGCGGUGACAGGGCGAGGGGUUUUGGCUGGAUUGCUGGAAGUUCUGUGACUUGGGACUGUGCACUGUGGUACGCGGCGUAGAAUUUGACUGCAAGAGAUUGAACCUCAACGUGAACGGAGGAGGAGCGGAGGGUGAAAAGCAGCCUGAUUUGGCGGUAGGAUCAGACGGUUCCGCGUAACCAAGAGUGGAAGCGCUUAAGAAAUGGCUGCGAAAGAUCGCAAAGAGGAAAGUUAGAGCUUGUCGCCCUCCGGGUUACUGAAUUUUGCUCUGCUGUCACCACACUCAUUACCUCUGCUCUAUCGCGUUCAUGUCGUGCUGUUUCGCUUGCUGUUAACCCACUAAUUGCGCCCUGACGCGCCUUGUAUACUCACAACCACAUGCACUCUCGUUACAUCCCUGUAUUCACAUCACUGAUCCGACCCAGAGCUUACAUCCCAUCAAUUCGCUCACAACUCGACGCUCCUUCCCUCUUCACAUACCCCCAAUGUCGUUGGCACCACCGGGCCAGAACAAAUCGUGGUGGUCGCGUUCAAAGUCCAGAGACCCUCCAUCCUUGCGCUUAAAACGCUCGAAUUCGAACUUGGGUGAGAAGGCUGCUGCAAGUGGUCCGUCCAAGCCUAAGGAGUCUAGAUUUAACACGCUCGUUGCUUCUGCCAUGGGCAAGAAGAAGAAACAACUUCCCAUCCAAGACCCUCCCCCACCCGCACCGCCUAUGCGUCCUCCAAGACCACCCUCGUUAGAGCGGCCACCACCUACUCAGUCAAUACCAGAAUAUCCCCCACCACAACUCCGGUACCAACGACCCCCGCGAGUUGACAUACGACCUACCAUUCGUAGGUACCACGAUGCCGAUGAGUAUUCCGACCCUCAUACCAUCUCGGAACCACGGACACCUUCCGAUCAUCCGAGGGAUAGGUCAUCCUACCAGAACUCUGUCAUGACGCUGUCUGACCCAGACCCAUUCGCGUCGGGAGGUAUAUUCUCUCCUCUAAUACAGGAUCCUAACAGGUUAUCAGUCUACUCCGAUGCUUCAUACCAUGAUGCCGUGUCAAAACGCAGUGAUCCGCUGUUCAAUAACCGCAUAUCGUAUGGGUCAUCCUCCUCCAACUCUCAUAGCUUACGGUCCGAGGGACAGAUGUCCAGAGGCCAAUUUUCACCUCAGUUGUCACCUCCAUUGCCUACUGGAGGGCGGCAGCAGGCGCUGAGGAUUGCUACCGACGGUACCAUAGAGCAUCAACGACAUAGAAGGCAAUCGUCUAUUGGACUUGAUGAGGCACCCCUUCCUCUACCUCAGAACCGAACAGUGACUCGCUCACGAAGCGCACUGCAUUCCGGAUCAGUAUCCUCCAAUUCCACAGUUACACCCACUGAGAGAGGUAGAACGAAAGAGUAUUUACCUUCAGGGAGCAGUAUGGCGUUCCCUCAACCACCGUCGCUACGCGCAAGAGGUAUGACAGUUGGAAGUCUUCUUGACCGUCCGAAUACAUCUUCCGGGCUCAUGAACUUCACCACGGGUGGGAAUGCAUCUACUAGCAAUGUAUCAUCGCUUCGCCGCAAAGCAUCAGAGAACUUUCUCUUACAACAGUCUCCAGUCUCUCCUUCACCAACUACACCUCAUUCGGCUAUGUCAUUCCCUCGCUCCCGAGCCUCUUCUAAUGCCACUAAUGUCCAUUCACCCACUUCUUCACGCCCUGUCGUCCUCAUACGCAAGGCGUCUGCUCCUCGUAUGAUAGUCCCGCCCCCAAGCGCUGCACCUCCCAUCAGCGACCUACCAUCACCACCACCUCACUCCCCAGGUGUGGGUCCUACUGGACCCGAAAAUUUCUUUGAUCCACUCGACGACUCACCUGGUUCAUUGGAGUUUCAAGAUCGAAGGUUGUCGAGUUCGUCAAGUCUGAGUUUCGCGUCUGGCGGUGGAAUGGGCACGAACGAUGUUGGAGAUGCUAUACAACAGCUUAUGCGGGACUCUUUUGGCCACCGCGACCGCAAACAUGGCAAGGGGUCCGGUAUCUCUACUACAAUUGGGAACUCAAAUCCCGGCUCCAGGGGGUCGACGAUGCGUCCAAAUAGUCUGAAGAAGGCCGCCUCGCAACAAAACCUUUUCGACAAACGGCAAUCCUUGACCAGUCUUGCGGAUUCCCUGCUGUCAGAUUCAGUUGGGCAUGAUAGUUAUGACGGAGGCAAGUCUGGCACCAGCACACCUGGGACCAAAACGCCUAAGAAACAACGCUCAUUUCAUCACCCCCGCUUCCCUCCCUUAUCAUCAUUGCGACACCCAUCUUCCUCCUCACCGUCACCACCCAUAGAAACACGCAAGGAUACACCACUACAACCGCGUCGCAGGCUGUUUUCUGGCUCCAGUCUCCGACGUUAUAGCUCUUCUCAGCCUCAGCCUCCAGGUAGCUCAUCAGCGUCUGUAGAAGAUGAUAUGCGCUCUCUUCUGAGUGUGGAGAGCAUAUCGAAUGUCCCCAAGAAAGACCAUUCCAAACAUAUCAUCAUGUCGUUCUCGAGCUUCGGUAACCAGAUGUCUCUCGUGACAGAGAGUGCGUGUCUUUCUCCGACGUGGGAUGAAGACAUGAUUAUCGAAACCGCUAGCAAGAGAGAUUCUCAGAGCGAUUAUGCACCACAGCACAUUAUGUCUCCAGAUGCGAUGCUGGAAUUAGAGCAACAGAUUGAGGCGGACGCUGCUCAACGGGAACGAGAGAAGCUGGAUGCGGCGAGCGGGCAGAAACCCACGCCGAAACUACCGCUGGACGCGAAGGAUUUGGGUCUACCUUCUCCUAGCAGGAGACCCAAAGAGUCUAGGUCUAGAGUGGUUUCAGGGACGUCGGAUGUAUCAACCCUGACUGGCAAGAGUUAUGCAACUGCGUCGGAAGGGUAUCAUGCUGGUCCCUCUACUCUUUCAAGAACUCCAACCAUCCAGCGGGACGUUGAUCAAAGCACCUGGAUGGACGAUGAAGAUGAGUAUUCUUCUUUACUAGUCCGAAGUACUUCCAUGUUCGGAAAGACUACGCCCAAGCCACCACUGGCCAUUCGCCCGGCCACUGCUCAGCCGUUAUCAUCUCCACCGACAACCCCAACUACUAUCACUGCAUCUCCUGAGAGGCCUAUAACUGUUCUUCCGCCUCCUCCUCGCCCUCGUGCCAGGGUGUCCCAUGAGGAGCAGAGUGAGCAGGAGCCGGAAUCACUAUCCAAACGUGCCAGCGUCACACCCAUUCACCCAUUGUCUCCCCCACCACGUCGUAAGACCUCAAGGACAAUGAUACUAGCCGAUGAUUCUGACCAUCGAUCCCAACAUUCCACGCGUCCUCCGAGUGCUUUCGAGACGCAGAAGAUAAUGCAUCGCAGAUCGCUCAUGAAAAAGCCCUCGUUCUUGGAGAUAUCCGACGAGGAUGACGAUGAAGAUGACGGUUCCGGGACUUAUUCCGGCAGGGACGGUACGACGCUGGGUUCUGUUUCUCCCAUUAUGGAGAGCAGUUUCCUUGACCUCGAUAGAGGCAACUCUUUCGACAGUGUUCGAAGUGACGACAACUUUCAUGUAUUUUAGGUCUUGCUGUUUUUUUUUGGGGGGGCGGUGCUUCAUUCCUUUUAUUCACACCCUGCACAUUGUUCUGCGUUGCUCUCUUUUUUAUUGCUAUUAUAGUGGUAGGGUUCUAUACCCGUAUUCCUUCAUCAGUACCUAUUGACCUAAUUCUUCCCAGCUUGGAUGAUCUAGUUAGUUUUCUCAUUCCUAUCCUUCUUGUUUUACAUCGUCAAGAUACUUACUAUUGGCAGACUUGCUGUAUAAAUGGGCUUUCCUGGCACUUUAUGAUCACCAUUCAAUGAACAAUCUGAAUUGAGAAGCAAAAGGAAGGUUAUAUAUGAAAUAUCCGUAGACUAUUAGACCCAUUCGACGAGUAGAAAUUGACGAGUAGAGAACGUGUAUACCCUCCG